GUGGCACCCGAGUUCUAGUGUUGGCUCCCGACCCGGCUGCGGGAAGCAGAGCUGCGGCGGCCACAGCCAAGGGAGACGAGCUUCGUCCACCGGCGCGGUACAAUGGCUCUCCCCAAGAAGAAACUUCAAGGUCUGGUUGCUGCAACUCUCACACCUAUGACUGAGACUGGGGAAAUCAACUUCUCUGUAAUUAGCCAAUAUGUGGACUAUCUUGUAAAUGAGCAGGGUGUGAAAAACAUUUUUGUGAAUGGUUCAACAGGAGAAGGCCUGUCACUGAGUGUUGCAGAGAGGCGACAACUUGCAGAAGAGUGGGUGACAAAUGGAAAGAAUAAGUUGGACCAUGUGAUCAUUCAUGUAGGAGCAUUAAGCCUGAAAGAUUCACAAGAGCUGGCUCGGCAUGCAGCAGAAAUAGAAGCUGAUGGUAUUGCUGUCAUGGCCCCUUUCUUUUUCAAACCUGCCAACAAAGAUGCCCUGAUUGCAUUUUUAAAAGAAGUAGCUGCUGCUGCCCCGAAGGUGCCAUUUUAUUACUAUCAUAUUCCUCCUUUGACUGGGGUAAAAAUUCGUGCCGAAGAGCUGCUGGAUGGGAUUCAGGAUGAAAUUCCGACCUUUCAAGGGCUGAAAUUCAGUGACACCGAUCUCUUAGACUUUGGACAGUGUGUGGAUCAGAACAGCCAACGGCAGUUCGCUCUUCUGUAUGGAGUAGAUGAACAACUGCUGAGUGCCCUGGCUAUGGGAGCAACUGGAGCAGUUGGCAGCACCUACAACUACCUGGGCAAAAAAAACAACCAGAUGUUGGAAGCUUUUGAGCGCCAGGACUUUUCCUUAGCUUUGAAUUACCAGUUUUGCAUUCAGAGAUUUAUGAAUUAUGUGAUCAAAAUGGGUCUGGGAGUUGCGCAGACAAAAGCUAUCAUGACUCUUGUCUCCGGGAUCCCGAUGGGUCCUCCUCGGCUGCCCCUGCAGGAAGCCUCCAGGGAGUUUGCUCUGAAGGCUGAGGCCAAGCUGAAGAGCCUGGAAAGCCAGUGCUUUCCCUGAGGCAGGCUUACUCUGGGGGGCCUGGCCCAGCACUGGCUUUGAUGAUCUGGGAGUCCCCUGCUGUUCCAUUUCUCAGGGAAUUUCAUAAUCAGACUGAACUAAAUACUCUUUGUAGAGAGGAGAGUCCUUUUCCCAGGCAGUUGGGGUUCAGUGACUUGCCCAGAGUCACACAGCCAGGAAGUGUUAAGUGUCUAAGGUCAGAUUCGAACUCAGGUCCUCCUGACUUCAGGGCUGGUGCUAUAUCCACUACAGCAACUAGCUGCCCCUUCCAUCUACUCUUAAUGGGAUGAAAUAUGCUGAGAAAGCUUCCCCUCACCUGCUUGAGCUUUCCUGCUAAGUUGUGCUUUAUUUUUCCUCUCCAUCAAGGUUUCUCAGCCCCUGAUAUUUUAAAGUGUGACAAUGGAUUCUUUUUUAUAUUUUCUGGAAUUCAAGGGCAGGCUGUCACUUUUCUAAAACAGUAUAAGUGUGUUACACAGGAUGGAGAGUGCGAGAAUCAACACACUCAUGCUGGCUCUCUUGGAAUUGCCUCCUAGGGUUCUAGGGAAUUUGCUUACAUCUCAAUUUCCCCUUUUUUCGUACAUAAAUGGAGAAUACAAGACUAGUUCUAGAUACCAGACAGGUUAUUUUGUAAGCUUUUUAAAGUGUUAUAUAAUGUGAGAGCUUAUUAUGCAGACUCCUAUCAAUUAGCUUUAUUUCUCUGUUGUUAGAAGAUAUUGAGGAGAUUCAAGGGUGAUAACAGUCAGAUAGAUUGAAAAUAGUUUUCAGUCUAUAUCAGCCUUGUUUUCUAGUUCCCUUCCUUAGUUCCUUGCCUCUUUGAAAAUGUCUUCCGCCAAACUAUACUAUGUUUUUCUAAUAAUAUUGAAAAUCAUUACUUUAGAGUCCAUUUAAAUCAGCACCCUCAUAUUUCCUGAUGAGACAACUGAAGUUGUGAUUUCUUUAUCAUAAAACUAGUCAAUCAGUAAACAUUAAGUACCUACUGUGUGCCUAUGCAAAACACCAGAGAUAUAAAGAGUUGACAGUUUUAAUAGGGGAAGGCAAAACUUAGGGCAUUCUCCAUCUCCUUCACAAUCCUGGGGAAAGGUUUACAUGGGGGAAAAUGCUAGAGCUGUUGACUGAAAUGGGAAUUUAUAUGGAUUGAUUAUCUAAUUAUUCCUGCUACCCCAAUUUUUUUUUUUUUUUUUUUUUUUUGCUUUCAGUUUUAAUUUGGGGAAUGGAAGAAGAGAGGAAAAGGGAGUGCUUUUGUUUUACACACUGUAAACACAUUGCUCUAGUGAUGCUAAACUUUUAGUGUCUUCUUUGUUUGUGCUAGUUCUGGUUUUCCUAGAAACCAUGCAACUUGAUGAAAAAGAAGGCAGCAUGGCAAACCUAGAUCAGGAAGACCUGAAUUGAAACUCCUAAGACAUGGUGACUUUGGGGAGAUCAGUGAACCUCUGUCCUGGUUUUUUCAUCUAUAAAAUCAUGCAUCUUAAGAUUGUUGUGAUGAUCAAUAAAGAUGAUACAUGUACAAGAUUUUACAACCAUUGAAAGAA